GCCUGGAUUUGCGGAAGGGAUGAGAUAAUGUGUGCUCAACGUGCAACCGACGCCACCAAAGUCAAGUGGCAGAAGGUUUUAUAUGAGCGGCAGCCCUUCCCUGAUAAUUAUGUUGACCAACGGUUCCUGGAAGAGCUGCGGAAAAACAUCUAUGCCCGCAAAUACCAAUACUGGGCAGUGGUGUUUGAGUCCAGCGUGGUGGUACAGCAACUGUGCAGUGUCUGUGUUUUUGUGGUGAUCUGGUGGUACAUGGAUGAGGGUCUUCUGGCUCCCCAGUGGCUUUUUGGGACUGGACUGGCAUCUUCAUUGAUCGGAUAUGUUUUAUUUGAUCUCAUUGAUGGAGGUGAGGGGCGGAAGAAGAGUGGGCGGACCCGGUGGGCUGACCUGAAGAGCACUCUGGUCUUCAUUACUUUUACUUAUGGCUUUUCACCAGUGCUGAAGACCCUGACAGAGUCUGUCAGUACUGACACCAUCUACGCCAUGUCAGUUUUUAUGCUGUUAGGCCAUCUCAUCUUCUUUGAUUACGGUGCCAACGCUGCUAUUGUAUCUAGCACACUGUCCUUGAACAUGGCCAUCUUUGCUUCUGUUUGCCUGGCCUCGCGUCUCCCCCGGUCACUGCAUGCCUUCAUUAUGGUGACAUUUGCCAUCCAGAUUUUUGCACUGUGGCCCAUGCUACAGAAGAAACUGAAGGCAUAUACCCCACGAAGCUAUGUAGGAGUCACUCUCCUUUUUGCAUUUUCAGCUUUUGGAGGUCUUCUGUCCAUUAGUGGUGUGGGGGCCAUACUCUUUGCCCUCCUUCUGAUUUCCAUAUCAUGUCUCUGCCCUUACUACCUCAUUCGCCUGCAGCUUUUUAAGGAAAAUAUUCAUGGGCCUUGGGAUGAAGCUGAGAUUAAGGAAGACUUGUCUAGGUUCCUCAGAUAAGCUAGGGAACCUUCAUCUCAUUAUUAAGACAAGCUGAAAGACUUAGAGCCUAACCGGUAUAACAUUAAAGGCAGAGUUCCACUCUUGAAGCAGCAGGCUGAUCUGUGUGGUAGAGCAGAGCAUUUAACCAAGGGCUGUCGGGUCUUCAGUUUU